UCCUCUCAUUCAAUCCAUGGACAGAGCGGAGCAUCUCCCACACUGAGCCACUUCCAUGUAUGUGGAGCUGCUGCUGCCGUCCCUCCUGCCUUUAUCCUGGAUACAAACCCUGCAUGGAGCGGGAAUACCCAGAACCAACACGGACAGAAAGUUUGGGCUUGGAGACCCCGGAGCCAAGGGAUAGGGAACCAACUCCUAUGGGUGCUCUCUUCUCCCAACACUUUAACCAGGAUCUCAGCUCAUUUGGCACCAACAGGAUACUCCGUCCUCUCUAUCUGAUCCAUCAGCCAUAGAAUAAACAUUAUAUGGACAUAGAAUAAACAUUAUAUGGCUCCACGGAUCUUUCUCAUCCAGACCGGACUUUUGUAGGAAACCGGCAGCCUUCGCAGAGCAAAGAGAGGAUAAUAAAAGCAGAUAGAGCCGGGUCCCCCAAGGAGGCCGAUUGCAUUUGACGCUUCAGCACCACGGAGAGCCCCAAUCCGACCGGAGACAGCAGCUUCAGCACCACGGAGAGAGCUCCCCCCGCCUAAUGGACAGCAGGAUUCUCCGAGAGCAGCACUUAGCGGGCCGGCCCCCAGCACCUUUAUAAAAAUAUAAUGCACUCUGCCUGCCCGCUGCAUGCUUGCUCCGCUUAGCGCCCCCCCCCCCCCCCCGAGAGCUUUCCCACAACAAAACUUCCAACAAAGUACUAAAGCGCUGCAUCUGGGCGCAGCAUGGAGAACUGUAUGGGCGGAACGCUAUCCAUUCUGUGCUGGAUGAUCACAUUCACAACAGUGUCCUGCAUGGAGAGAACAAGGACUCACGCGGAGGAGCGACUCUUCAAGCGACUCUUCACUGGAUACAACCGGUGGUCCAGGCCCGUCCCCAACACCUCCGACGUCGUCAUUGUCAAAUUCGGCUUAUCUAUUGCUCAGCUGAUAGAUGUGGAUGAAAAGAACCAGAUGAUGACGACGAAUGUGUGGCUGAAACAGGAGUGGAACGAUUACAAACUGCGGUGGAACCCAGCAGACUACGACAAUGUCACCUCGAUACGAGUUCCUUCAGAGAUGAUCUGGAUUCCUGACAUUGUGCUGUAUAAUAACGCCGACGGGGAGUUUGCCAUAACCCACAUGACUAAAGCUCAUUUGUUUCACAACGGGAAAGUCAAGUGGGUCCCGCCGGCCAUCUACAAAAGCUCCUGCAGCAUCGACGUGACCUUCUUUCCCUUCGACCAGCAGAGCUGCAAGAUGAAGUUCGGCUCUUGGACUUACGACAAAGCUUGGCUGGACCUGGAGAGCAUGGAGAGGAACGUGGACCUGAAGGACUAUUGGGAGAGCGGAGAGUGGGCCAUUGUCAACGCAGUUGGGAAGUACAAUUCCAAGAAAUACGACUGUUGCACGGAAAUCUAUCCAGAUAUCACCUAUUACUUUAUCAUUCGGAGGUUACCUUUGUUCUACACCAUCAAUCUGAUCAUCCCCUGCCUUCUGAUUUCUUGCCUCACCGUGCUGGUCUUUUACCUUCCAUCAGACUGUGGGGAGAAGAUCACUCUCUGCAUCUCAGUUCUUCUCUCCUUGACUGUCUUCCUCUUGCUCAUCACAGAAAUCAUCCCUUCCACGUCACUGGUUAUCCCUUUGAUCGGGGAGUACCUCCUCUUCACCAUGAUAUUCGUCACUCUCUCCAUUGUAAUCACGGUCUUUGUGCUCAACGUCCACCAUCGAUCCCCUAGUACUCACAAGAUGCCACUUUGGGUGCGUUCGGUGUUCCUAGACCAUAUACCCCGGUGGCUGUUCAUGAAGCGGCCUCCUGCACCGGUAGAAGAAGUUGUUAGUCAAUAUGACGCACCAGAACUCAAGCUCAGCACAUCCAAGUAUUGGAUGGAAACUGAUGUGGAUGACAAGUGGGCGGAGCCAGAAGCAGAGCUUCAGACUUGCCAUGUUCGUCACAUGACCACCCAUAACCAAAGCCUCCAGUAUCGAUAUGACUAUAAUCAUCAUGUCUCUGGAGGGCAAAGUCAGACUCCUCGCCAUAGUAGCACAGAGACCGCCGAAUCCAGCUUCUUGUUGUCUCCAAGUGUCUUGAAAGCUUUAGAAGGAGUGCACUACAUUGCAAAUCACCUCCGGGCGGAAGAUGCUGACUUCUCUGUGAAAGAGGACUGGAAGUAUGUGGCAAUGGUCAUCGACAGGAUAUUCCUAUGGAUGUUCAUCAUCGUCUGUCUGCUUGGGACAGUCGGACUCUUUCUACCCCCUUUCUUGGCUGGAAUGAUAUAGGACUAUUACUCAUGGGAUGGACAUGUCUUCUAGUUAUUCCCCGCAAGAAGCAGAAGGAGCCGUCGCUCUCAUUAGAGCAUUAGAAAUAUUUAACAACUCUCCAGCUUGGAGAUGCAAACCAUUCGCUUUCGCUCAUGAAUACAAGAAACGAUCAAGAUAAUUAAUGGACCAGGUAGAUUAAUAACAUCCCUCGUGCUCAAAGGACUCUCAUUUGGAAUGUGGGCGCUACGGUGAUGGAUCUAGAAGAGGACUGGGCUUAUAUUUGGCUACAAUGUCCCCUAGGACACCAUGGACGCAGUGUUUGGCAGCCGGAGAUGUGUCAUUCAGUACAAUUAUAUUCUCAUUUGCACCCCCAAAAUCAAAAGCAGGCUUGAAUAUAUUGACAUCAGGUAUAGUUUAUUAAACUAUGUCCUUUGUACUAUG